UGAAGCGAAAGAUGCCUGACUGGGGGGUGUUGGUGUUGAGGUUGAUGAGGAAGUCGUUCGGGGCACGCCCUUUGUUUGCCGGGGUUUCUCCGGAGUUUACCAACAUCAAAUGUACUUCAGCCGACGUUAAAUUUGUUAAUUAUGAAGUCUGCCGUUUAAAAUCUGUGAACAGGACCUACAAAUAUGUUUCUGUAAAAUCGCGACUUUUUAAGUUACCGAUUACUAAUGCCACAAUAAACAUAUCAGUGUUCAAGCGAUUAAAUGGUUAUAAACCUUUUCUGUAUAAUGUUUCUGUGGAUGCCUGUCGAUUUUUGCAAGUACAAAAAUCCAACUCUGUCGUGAAAUAUCUCUUCAACUUAUUCCUCACUCAUUCAAAUGUAAAAAACCCAAAUUGUCCUUUCAAUGCCUAUGUUACUGUGGACAAACUUACUACCAACUUUCUGAAUAACCAGUUCACAAAUGUUUUACCAGUUCCCGAAGGCGACUACCUUUUUGUAUUCAAAUGGUUCUCUGAAAAUAUUUAUCGUUCUUCGGUAAAAGUGUAUUCAACAAUUUCGUGAGAGCUAGCGGACACUCGAAGUAUUUUCCCGAUUGGACUUAAGCUUAAAUACCUUUUUAAAAUGUAAGCAUACAUUUUCUAAA